AUGUUCAAUAAUCAAAUUUAACAACCAAAUACAUCAUAUGGACAAAUGCCAACUUAAAUUCCUUAAAAUUAAAAUCGAAAUCUUUAAUAACCUUCUUUAAUUCAAAAUUAAUAGUAAAUCAACCAAAAAAUGGUAUUUUUAUAUUUUAACAACAUCUAUAGAUUCCUCAAUAAUAAACUUUAAAUAAUCCUUAAAUACUUAAUGUCAUCCCUCAAAAACAGAAUUUAACUCAAUAAUAAAUUAGGCCUAAUAUAAUUUCUAAUAGAAUCGUUGCUUAGCAAGUAAAAUUUAAUUUUAUAAAAAAAACAGGAGCCUUUGAAAUCUAUUAGAAAUUAAGUUUAACCAUUUUAAUAGUCCCCAUAAAAAUAUAUAAAAAAUGAGAUUCCAUAGUCAUUUCGAAUUUAAAAUACUUAAUCUCCAUUAGGUCCAGCAUCACAUAAAAGUAAUGGCAACCUAUCUGGAUAAAAACCUGCUUUUGUUGAGUACCUUCCACCAGUUUAUGUUCCUCAUAUUGAACCUAUGAUUACUUAGACUGUGGUUGACAAUCCUAUAAAAGUUGUGGAUUUAAUUAAAUUUGAAGAAAUUUGGAAAAAGAGAAUGCAAGGAAUAGAAGACUUAUUAGUAACAAAACAAUAAUCGAUUGAACCUGAAACAAUAGAAUUAAGGGCAGUUUAAAAUGAUGAUAGUGAAAGAGUAAUUGAACUUGAAAAUGAGUUAUAUAGAACAAAAUAAUAAUUAGAAGAUCGAGAUAAAGAAAUCAUGGAUCUUAAAUCUUAAUUAUAAUCUGCAAUUGAACAAUUGGAUUUUGAAAAUUGUAAUUAUAAUUAAUAUUAUUACUAUAGAAUAAAGUAGAAAUUCAUCUAAUAUGUAAAUAUCUGAAUUGUAAAUGAAAAUAACGACUCUUUAAUAAACAAUAGUAAAUCUAUAACUAGAAUUAAAAUAAUGUGAUUAAAAUUUGGAAAAAUAUAAAUUAGAAAAUUUAUAAUUGAGAAAUGAUAUCUAAAAUUAUAUUAUGUAAUGUUAAAUUAAGGAUGAAACAAUUUUUAAAUUGAAUCAGUAAAUAAAAUAAUUAAAUUUGGAUCUUUGUAAAUUAUUAAUUAUUAUAAUUGUAGAGUCAAAUUAGAAUGGAUCUCAUACCCAAGUUACUGAAUUAUAAAUACAAAUAACAACACUUUAAUAAACUAUUGCAAAGUUCAAAAAUGAAUUAUUAUUAAAUUCAGAAUUAAUAGAAAAAUUAUAAAAAGAAAAUGGAUAAUUAAGAAUAAAUAUCUAAAAUUAUAUUGAAAAUUCUAAAGACAAGGAUGAUUUAAUAUCAAAAUUGGAAUAAGAAAUAUAAGAAUUAAAUUAAUAAGUGGAUACAUUGACUGAAGAAAUUACAACAACAUAGUCAGUUAAAACCUUUGAAGAAGAGGCUAAAAUUUGGAAAAAAAAAUUCAAAGAACUAAAUGAUGUUUAUCAUGCAUGUUAAGAAAAACUAAUGGUAAAAGAGGCAGAAUAUGAAUCAUUAUAGAAAUAAUAAAGCUCAUAAAGAAUAGUGACUUAAACUACAGUUGUCUAAUAAAAUAGCUCUAAAUAAAUUAGAAAUGUAAUAUUUAAUAAUAAUUUUUUAAGUCUUCAGAUUACUUUUAAAGCAAUCUUACUUAAAAUGAUAUAGAGAAAAUACAAAAUUAUUAAAAACCCUGA